ACUGAGGCCCGGCCCGGGCGGGGACCGCUCCUAAACAGCCUAGCGUGCCGGAAGCUGCGGUAAACGGGGGCCUAACGAUCGCGGAGGUCGAGCUCAGCUUCCCGCGCGCUCACGUGACCCUUCGAUUGUCACGCGGGCGCCGCUCACCUGACCGGGGUCUCACGUGGGCUCAGCCUGCAUUGAGGGCGCUUGCCGGUGGGCCAUGGCAGGCUGCAGGCUCUGGGUUUCGCUGCUGCUGGCGGCGGCGUUGGCUUGCUUGGCCACGGCGGUGUGGCCCUGGCCCCAGUACAUCCAAACCUACCACCGGCGCUACCCCCUGUACCCCAACAACUUCCAGUUCCGGUACCAUGCCGGUUCGGCCGCGCAGGCGGGCUGCGUCGUCCUCGACGAGGCCUUUCGACGCUACCGUAACCUGCUCUUCGGUUCCGGCUCUUGGCCCCGACCCAGGUUCUCAAGUCAUCAUGGGCGGACAGAGACCCUUUCUCAAAACAAGCAAACAAAGAAACUCUCCACUCGAAAACAGCAGACUUUGGGGAAGAACGUUCUGGUUGUCGCCGUCGUCACAGCUGAAUGUAACGAGUUUCCUAACUUGGAGUCGGUAGAAAACUACACCCUAACCAUAAAUGAUGACCAGUGUUUACUCGCCUCUGAGACUGUCUGGGGCGCACUCCGAGGUCUGGAGACUUUCAGUCAGCUCGUUUGGAAAUCAGCUGAGGGAACAUUCUUUAUCAACAAGACGAAGGUUAAAGAUUUUCCCCGCUUUCCUCACCGGGGCGUACUGUUGGAUACAUCUCGCCAUUACCUGCCAUUGUCUAGCAUCCUGGACACACUGGACGUCAUGGCAUACAAUAAAUUCAACGUGUUCCACUGGCACCUGGUAGACGACUCUUCCUUCCCAUAUGAGAGCUUCACUUUCCCGGUGCUCACCAGAAAGGGGUCCUACAACCCUGUCACCCACAUCUACACAUCACAGGAUGUGAAGGAGGUCAUUGAAUAUGCACGGCUUCGGGGUAUCCGUGUGCUGGCAGAAUUUGACACUCCUGGUCACACUUUGUCCUGGGGGCCAGGUGUCCCUGGGUUAUUAACUCCUUGCUAUUCUGGAUCCCAUCCCUCUGGCACCUUUGGACCUGUGAACCCCAGUCUCAACAGUACUUAUGACUUCAUGAGCACAUUCUUCUUGGAGAUCAGCUCUGUCUUCCCGGACUUUUAUCUUCACCUGGGAGGAGAUGAAGUAGACUUCACCUGCUGGAGAUCCAACCCCAAUAUCCAGGCCUUCAUGAAGAAAAAGGGCUUUACUGACUUUAAGCAGCUGGAGUCCUUCUACAUCCAGACGCUGCUGAACAUCGUCUCUGAUUAUGACAAGGGCUAUGUGGUGUGGCAGGAAGUGUUUGAUAAUAAAGUGAAGAUUCGACCAGACACAAUCGUACAGGUGUGGCGGGAAGAGGUACCGGUAGAGUACAUGAAGGAGAUGGAACAGAUCACUAAGGCCGGCUUCCGGGCCCUGCUCUCUGCUCCCUGGUACCUGAACCGUGUAACAUAUGGCCCUGACUGGAAGGACAUGUACAAAGUGGAGCCCCUGGCAUUUCAUGGUACCCCUGAACAGAAGGCUCUAGUUAUUGGAGGGGAGGCCUGUAUGUGGGGAGAGUAUGUGGACAGCACAAACCUGGUCCCCAGGCUCUGGCCGAGAGCCGGUGCUAUUGCCGAGAGACUGUGGAGCAGCAACCUGACAACUGAUAUGGACUUUGCCUUUAGUCGUUUGUCGCAUUUCCGCUGUGAGCUGCUGAGGCGAGGGGUCCAGGCCCAGCCCAUCAGUAUAGGCUACUGUGAGCAGGAGUUUGAGCAGCCGUGACCAACAGCACUGAGCACCCAGGAGAAUGCUGGCCCUAAGAGAACAGUCACGGAGCCAGGCUUACACUGUCUACCGGCCAGGGGAUAGAGAGAGCCCCUUGCCCCUGUGCCCCUGUGCCCCUGUGACUAGAGAGGAGGAGGAUGGUGCUGGCACUGGUGUUGAAUAAAGAGUGAUGUGGCAUUUUUCUCUAA